AAACAUGAGAGGCACGCGAUGCGCUCGCCCUAACACGCGCGUUCGCAUCAUCAAGGCCUAGACGAGCGGCCAGCCGAACGGACGGGCAGCAGUCCAGGAACGGGGGCCUGUCACCGCGGGGGUGACAUGAUCAAGGCCACCGGAUUCCUUGCCACCCUGCAGGUGCUGUGUCUUGUCGGGGUCUCCUCGGAACUCAGCGACUUUGUCACAAAGUAUGAGCGGGUACGCAUGCAUUCGUUCAACGUCCCGCAGACCAAAGGCGUCGACUCCAUGCGGAUCAAGCCCGAAGCGCAAGGCGGCUAUCGAGUGUCCUUCGAAGCGUACGGCCAGAAAUUUAACUUGUCGCUCGCCGAGGACCCUAGGCACGUGAACCGCAUCCCUGUAUAUGUGCACAACAACAGUGGCGUGUCUCGAGUGACUUAUGAUUCGGACUAUACCAUCUACAUCGGUAGGCUAGAAGACAACCCGCGUUCUGAGGUUAUGGGCUAUUUCCGCGACGGCAUAUUCGACGGAGUCAUCAGGACAGAGAACAACGUCUACUUUGUGGAACCCGCUGACAGUUUCUUCCUCGAAAAGCAGAAUUACGACGCGGUCGUUUACUCUGGCACGGAGGUGAUGGCUCCGGACUGUAUCACGAUGGACGGCGGAGUGCGAGCAUGCUUCCAGAAUAAGACUCAUGCGUACGGGCCAUCCAAGAUGCUUCAGAAGUUGGAGCCUGAUGUUCUCACGCAAAUGAGUGGGCAACGACUGAAGGAGUCCAACGCAAAUCUGGGCAAAGGAUCUAGCCUCCGCGUGUGUGGCAUAGAGCUCCUGGCAGAUCACUCCUUCUACCGGUCCCGCAAUCGCAACAUCAACGUGGUGGUCCAGGAGAUGAUACUGCAUCUGCACUACGCCGACCUCGUUUUUCGAAACACUGAUUUCAACCUGCCCUUCCGCAUUGGCCUUAUUCCCGAGAAAGUUACGAUAUACACUGACCCGAACACUAAAGGCUAUCCCCUUGGCCAAGAAGACCUUUCCGCGAAAGACUACCUGGCUAGCUUCUCCUUCUACGUCCAGAGACACUGCCUCGUUGUCGGGUUCUCGCAUAGGCCAUUCGAAAGCAACACGCUUGGCAUCUCGUUCGUGGCUAACCCGGAUCCGGAAGGUCCCGUCGGAGGUAUCUGCGAGCUUCCAAUGCGCUUCAUCGACCAGGAUACCAUUCACAGCUUCAACAUCGCUUCGAUCACAACGAGCACAUCGAACCGCAAGAGGGUCCCUCACGGUGUUUCUUUCGGUACGGUGACCCACGAGAUAGGACAUAGCUUCGGUUCACCGCACGAUCCGGCAGCGGACCCUGCCUGUCACCCCAUUGGAAAGUCUGGAUUCUUCAUUAUGGUCAAGUACUCUGUGGACGGCUCGCUGCCCAACCAUCGGGCGUUCUCACCGUGCUCUGUCAGGGACAUGCGGAAGGUCGUGAAAGCCAAAGGGACGUGUCUAGCCGAGGACGGAGCCCGCUGCGGAAAUGGUAUCAUUGAGCCGGGUGAAGAGUGCGACUGUGGUUCAGACGCCACAUGCGAGACUCUGGACCCGUGCUGCAGUCCAGCCAUGUCUCAGGUUCCUCAAGAUCUCCUGGUGCCUUCUGCGCCACGCGAUAGGCCGUGCACUAUACGGCGUACAGGGGGCAACACCUGCAGCCCUCGUUCUUCAGCUUGCUGUAACGAACAAUGUGGUGCCAUGGUUCUUUCUACGGGGCGUAACACAACGUGUCGACCAUUUGACGAGUGCAUGGCGACUGGGAUGUGCGACGACAAAGGUGUAUGCAGACCAGUUACACCACACGCUGAUGGGUAUCCCUGCAGGGGAACCAAGAAAACGUGCAGACGGGGCAAGUGCUCUUCGACUCCUUGCCAGGACAAAGGCAUGCAGGACUGCGUAUGCAUGGAGGAAGGGAAAUACGGCAACAACGAGUGUCAUAUCUGCUGCAGGAAUAGCAGUCACGGACUCUGUAUGCCUGCCAUAGAGUUUGGAGUGAAAGCGCACGAUGGACGACUCUUUGUACAGAGGUCCGAUUUCUUCUGCCACGGGCGACGAGGACAGUGUGACGGUUUCGGCAUCUGCAUCGUGUCUCCGACGAUCUCGCACAGCAGCACUUCGACUGCGGACUGCAGAAUUCCUUUGCGGAUCUUAUUGUGGGCAACAUUGGCGUUAUUGACGUUGCAAGUGCGGCGACGGACCGUGGUGCACUGACGCUUAUUUGUCUUGCGUGUGAUUAUGCACAAUGAAAGGGUUACAUGUCCCGCCAUUCCAGCAAAGUCGACAAAUGAGUCGCUCAAUUGUGGCAACUGAAAAUAGAAUUAAAAGAUGUGUUGCUACAUG